UGUCAGCUGGAGGUGUAUGAGAAAAGUUUAAAAAAAUCUCAGCGACAGCUCUUAAAGAAAACUGAAUACGGUGAACCAAUUGAUCUAGCUGCUUCAUCAGAAAACAAUGAACAUGCAAAAGACAACCAGGGCAGUGUCAGCCAGGAAGAUACAGAGGAGAUUAUAGAGGGUGGUGACCAGCAAAAGCCACAUCAGAGCGAGAUGGAACCUGAAGAAGAGUCUGAUAGUUCAGACAUACAGCCUGCUCCAAGCAAGAGGUUAAAGGCUACUUGUAGCCAGUUCCAGGAGGAUGACCAUUCCUGUCAAUCUGAAGGGCAAAUGGAAAGUCAAUCAAAUGAACCUUGUACCGAAAUGCUGCCAAGUAAAUGCGAAGGAGUAGCUCCAGAGGUGCUUGAAGAGAGUCCCAUCUCGCCAGCUGAUGUGAGGAAAGAACUGUCCAUCGAGAAUACCCAGGAAGAAAGCGUCUGUCCAGAGACACAACUUGGCUCAGAAAUUCAGAGCAAUGAUCAAGAGAACCAACCAGAUUUAACUGAGACGGCCUCAUUGUCAUCACAAGAUAGUUGUCUGAAUGUCCCUCCUCCCAAACUGAUGGCUUGUAGGGAGCCAGCCUUAUCGCCUGAUGUGGAAUGCCCAAUGUGUGGUUGCAGAUUCUCCCAGCCCCAGAUCGAGAGGCAUGCUGCAUACUGUGAUGGGGACAAAGAUGAGCCACAAAUGGCUGUUUUGAGACCAAGGAACAGACAGUCAGGAAACACAUACAAUGGAUCAUGUGACAGUGCUGCAUCCUCAGACUCUGGCAAGCUUGAAAACUGCUAUCUGUGUAAAUCACUUGUUCCAAUAAAAGAUUAUCAAACACAUGUGGACAAAUGUCUUCAAUCUGCUACACUGGAGGCCCAGGGAACCCAGAGGCUAAAGAGCUCUAAGGAAACAGCAGAACGAAAAGGCAGACUCCUGAGCAUGCUGGAGCAGUCAGAGUCCAUCUCAGCAGAUGAAAACAAUAGUGCCUUAGACUUUUCAGGUAUGAGCCCUCCUAGAGAAGAGCAUGCAGAUCAUCUGUCGAUUAAUGACUCUCCUAUAAGAUCAUUUGUGUCCAUCUCGGAGGCUACAGACUGCCUGGUAGACUUCAAGAAGCAGUUCCGCUGUCUACCUACACAUCAGUCAAACAAAAAAAGACCCAAGCAGAGAAGAAGAGGGAAGAGAAAAAUGUGA